UUUAUGGCGAGUGUAAGCAUUGUGAGUUAUAUGAGGAUUCCGUUGUGAGUCACGGACUGAGGUGGACGUCUGUGACUCAAGAUUAGUAUUGCAUCAUCCGAUUUAGAUCCGAUUAAUAUUUCAAUAUUUCGUUAUUUCUUCAAUUCAGUUUUAACACUUAGUCAUUAGUAUCAGGCUGUAUAGCUCCUUGUAGGAGCCGUCGCCAUAGUAAAAGAAGAAGAAGAAGAAGUGAGUUAUAUGAGUGCGAAAUAUCUCUUGUGAUUUUUGACAUUGGAAAUAUAUUUUCCUUUCACAGAACGGUUCGAAUAAAAAUAAAAAAUGCCGCGAAUUAUGAUAAAGGGUGGCGUCUGGCGCAAUACGGAGGAUGAGAUUUUGAAAGCGGCUGUAAUGAAAUAUGGGAAAAAUCAGUGGAGUCGUAUUGCAUCUUUAUUACAUAGAAAAUCAGCUAAGCAAUGCAAGGCACGCUGGUUCGAAUGGUUAGAUCCAAGUAUAAAGAAGACCGAAUGGAGUCGAGAAGAGGAUGAAAAGUUGCUUCAUCUUGCCAAGUUAAUGCCUACUCAGUGGCGAACUAUCGCACCUAUCAUUGGUAGAACAGCUGCGCAGUGUUUGGAGAGAUACGAAUACUUACUUGACCAAGCGCAAAAGAAAGAAGAAGGGGACGAUGCUGUUGAUGAUCCUCGUAAACUUAAACCUGGUGAAAUUGAUCCUAAUCCAGAGACAAAGCCAGCAAGACCAGAUCCAAAAGAUAUGGAUGAAGAUGAAUUGGAAAUGUUGUCUGAGGCACGCGCUAGGCUGGCAAAUACUCAAGGCAAGAAGGCUAAACGUAAGGCGCGUGAAAAACAAUUGGAAGAGGCACGCAGACUUGCUGCUUUACAGAAACGUAGAGAAUUACGAGCUGCCGGUAUCACUGUGUCCCAAAAGAACAAACGCAAACGCGGUGUUAAUUAUAAUACAGAAAUACCGUUUGAGAAACGACCGGCAUCUGGUUUCUAUGACACCUCCAACGAGCAUGUCGAUCCUUUAGCGAUCGAUUUUUCCAGAAUGCGGCAGCAACAUCUAGAUGGUGAACUCCGACAAGAAAAGGAAGAAAUGGAACGCAGGAAAGAUAAGCAAAAAUUAAAACAACGCAAAGAAAAUGAUAUACCUAUGGGUAUGCUCAAUAAUGAAGAGCCUGUAAAGAAAAGAAGCAAAUUAGUGUUACCAGAACCACAAAUUUCUGAUCAAGAAUUACAGCAAGUCGUAAAACUUGGUAGAGCUUCAGAGGUUGCACGAGAAGUUGCUACUGAGAGCGGUAUUACACUCUCCGACAGUUUACUGGCCGAUUAUUCCUUACCUACAAAUGCAACGGCAACACCUCGUACACCAGCUGCUACAGACAGAAUAUUGCAAGAAGCUCAAAAUGUUAUGGCUCUUACGCACGUGGAUACACCGCUAAAAGGCGGAUUGAACACUCCAUUGAAUAAUCCUGAUUUUACCGGCGUUGUACCUCCUACCAAUGUCAUUGCAACGCCGAAUACAAUUUUGGCCACUCCGUUUAGAUCUCAACGUAGCGACGGAACGCCCGUGAAUUCGUUCAAUACGCCAGGCGGGGCGUCAGUACGAACGCAAAAUGGGGUUUUAGCGGCAACACCCGUUCGCGAUAAGCUUAAUAUAAAUCCGGAUGAAAGUGUAGAUGGAUCAGAAACUCCACUAAUACAGACGCAGGCAAGAAGUUCAUUGCGCGCGGUGUUGAGUUCUUUACCGGCGCCGUGUAACGAUUAUGAGAUAGAUAUCUUUGAUGGUGAGGCAAACGAGGAAACUACGAGUGCGCCUACGACUGAAAUAAUCGAGGAUCAAGCGGAUAUCGAUGCGAGACAACAGCAGGAGUUAUUAGAAGAAAAAAAAAGAGAAUUGGCACGUAGAUCACAAGUAAUACAAAGAGAAUUACCACGACCUGCGGAUAUAAAUAUGAAUAUUUUAAGACCGUACAUGGACACACCGCUGACUGACUUACAAAGAGCAGAAGAAUUGAUAAAAAGAGAAAUGAUCACGAUGUUACAUUAUGACGCGCUACAAAAUCCAACACAAUCAAGUCGAAAAAGCAUUGCAACAUCAUUAGCUCAGGCUCAGACUUAUUUGGAACAACAUCCGUAUGAUAUUUUCGAAGAGGACGAGCUUCUUAAUGCUAAACAAAUGUUAACUGAUGAGAUGGCAGUUGUAAAGGAAGGAAUGGCACAUGGAGACUUGAGUUUAGAUGCCUACACUACUGUAUGGGAGGAAUGUCUGUCGCAGAUCUUGUAUCUCGAAACACAGAAACGGUACACCCGCGCAACGCUAGCCUCAAAAAAAGAUAGAGUGGAAGCAUGCGAGAGAAAAUUAGAAGAGAAUCGUAUGCAUAUGACGGGGGAAGCUAAACGCGCUGCGAGGAUGGAAAAGAAGUUGAAGGUACUUACUGGAGGUUAUCAAACCAGAACACAGGUGCUGACGAAGCAAUUGCAUGAUUUGUGGGAGCAGAUAGAGCAGGCACAUCUCGAACUGUCGACAUUUAAGUUUUUGGAAACACAGGAAGAGGCGGCGGUUCCGAGAAGGAUAAACGGCCUCAUGGAAGAUGUAAAUAGGCAGACAGAACGAGAACGUUCGUUACAAAUGCGAUAUGCUCAGUUACAGGACCAGUUGCAGCAGUGUCGAUUAAGCGAUAUAUCAUCUUAGGGACACAUUACCUACUGAAUGCUUGUUGAAUACACGCAGGAGAAUGUAAUAUGUAUUACUUUAUCUUUUAACGCAGUAUGUAAGUUAUACGAUUUAUAUGCCCAUGAAAAUACUAUGUACUAUCAAAAUAAUCUGUUCUUUUCUUUUAAGAGUCAAAUAGAAGUUCAAUAUAUAUAAUGACUAUUAUCUCCAUACUAGCUGUAAAUGUUAUUAGUAUUAUUUUAAGACUUAUUUGAAUUAUUUGAUGAGAAUGACGAGAAUGGCAAAUAAUUAUCAAACAAUAGUUCUGUUAUAAUAAAUUCAAAUUUUUCAUUUGCGAAGAGGCAGAAAUUUAUGACAGUAAAAAUCUUUUUUCUUUAUAUGAUGUAAAAUAUUGUAACAAUAAAGUUUAUGAUAUAAAUUAGUUAUUAUGUGAUAACACAUACUACUAAAAGCAUACAUGUGACAAUGAACAGAAGAAAGUUCAAAGAAGCAUUUUACGUAAAGAAUAAAACAGAUAUAGAUAAGAUUGCGAGAA